AUGUCAGGCUACCCAGGCUACAAUGCUGGGGGAUACGGCGGCCCGCCCCAACAGCCUCAAUACAGCCAGCAACAAGGAGGCUAUUAUCCACCUACCCAACCGAGCUACAACAACUACCCUCAAGCGCAUCCACAACAGCCACCGCCCCAAGGCUACCCAUACCAGCCGCCGCCACCACAGCAACCUUACGGAUAUCCGCAGCAGCAGCCGCAACAGCAGCAAUACGCACAAUACCAACAGCAGCCACCAGGGCCCAAGUACAACACCAGACCUCAGUCCGCGCAAGUACAACCUGGGGUAUACGGUCGUCCGGGCGCGCCUCCUGCGCCACCCACUCAGCCUCAGCAUUUCGGUCAAGGGGCCCCUCAGAACUAUGCCUUCCGAUACUCGAACUGCACUGGCCGCAGGAAGGCUUUGUUGAUUGGUAUCAACUACUUUGGCCAGCGAGGACAGCUGCGAGGCUGUAUCAACGAUGUCCGGAACAUGACUGCUUACCUCGUUGAGCAUUUUGGUUACCGAAGGGAAGACAUGGUUAUCCUCACGGAUGAUCAACAGAACCAGAUGAGCCAGCCGACCAAGCAAAACAUUCUAAGAGCCAUGCACUGGCUUGUCAAGAAUGCGCAAUCCAAUGAUUCGCUAUUUUUCCAUUACUCAGGACACGGAGGGCAAACACGAGACCUGGACGGCGAUGAACCAGAUGGUUACGAUGAGGUCAUUUACCCUGUGGACUUCCGCCACAAUGGCCACAUUACCGACGAUGAAAUGCACAGGAUCAUGGUCCGACCCUUACAGCCGGGGGUCAGGUUGACAGCCAUCUUCGACUCGUGUCACUCCGGCACAGCCCUCGAUUUGCCGUACAUCUACUCCACGCAAGGUGUCCUCAAGGAGCCAAACCUGGCCAAGGAGGCUGGCCAAGGACUCCUGGGUGUCCUCUCAUCUUAUAGUCAAGGUGACCUGAGUGGGGUCGCCAGUAACAUCAUGGGAUUUAUUAAGAAAGCCACGAGCGGCGAGGAAGCGCACACGAGAGCACUCGCUACGAAAACAUCGCCGGCCGAUGUGGUCAUGCUGUCGGGCAGCAAAGACGACCAGACAUCUGCCGACGCUACCAUUGCUUCCCAGGCCACCGGGGCCAUGUCAUGGGCUUUCGUCACUGCUCUCCGCAAGAAUCCCCAGCAAAGCUACGUUCAGCUUCUCAACAGCAUUCGCGACGAGUUGGCGACAAAAUACACCCAGAAGCCCCAACUCUCCUGCAGCCACCCUCUUGAUACCAACCUGCUGUUUGUAAUGUGA